UGUUGUUCCCCGGAGAUUUCUCAAGGAUUAAAUUAAGCACUUCCAUUUCCAUCUACCACCUGAUCGCGACGCAUAUAAAUCCCAACUACUGAUCAACAGCCUCUCCAGACACACGAGACCUUGAGGCAAGAGGCAGCAGGAAUCUGAGGGGGGAGACAACGGGUUAUCCUGCGUUUGACGGGAAGGAGGAGGGAGACUAGAUUGUGGAACGCGUUCAUGCUUAAAAGUGUCCGCCUUUUGGUGGUGGAGGGGAUUUCAUUUUUGCUGCCACAACGACUUCAUGUGCAUUCUGUUGCGCGCUGGAGUCAAGGAGGAAGGAACUCUCGCUGCAGGAAGCUGUUCUCCUCUGAACUAAAAACGCUCCGCUGAGCGGGAGCUAUCCAGUGCUGAAGUUGCAUUUCUUCCCCCGUGCGAAACGCGUUGUUGCAGAACCACACCGAUAGCGAGCGGUUUGUUUUUUGCACCGCGCAGGUGUCCGAAUUUCGCCCUCCACUCCGCCUUUUCAGCCUCUUCUGCCUUGAGACUCCUGUGGACCCCACGUUGAAUGAAGACAGGACUCCGUGUUGGACGUUUGUUUCUGUGCAGCUCUCUAAAGAUGCCAAGGUCUUUCCUGGUGAAAAAGGUGAAGCUUGAUGAUUUUUCAUCCACGGACCUCGAGAGCUCUUACGGCAGGUCCAGAACUGAUCUAAGCCUUCGGAUUCACGAAAAAGGGUACAUUAGCGAAUACAUCAGCCCGUCUGUUUAUGAUGGAGAAAGCGAUGGUGCCAUCAAAGUGCCGUCUCCGGAGCCCAUCUAUGAUGGAAUCCACAGUGAUUAUGGCGCACCUGACUCUGACCAGGCCGACAGCCCGCAGUCAGAAAUCAGCUCCGGAUACAUUAACGGAGACAACGCAGUGAGCGAGGGAUACACAGUAGAUGCCUUCUUCAUUACGGACGGGAGAUCACGGCGGAAAGUUAUCAGCAGCCCUCGUACCAUCCAGCGACAUACAUGCAACGAGUGUGGGAAAACUUACGCGACGUCUUCCAACCUGAGCCGGCACAAACAGACUCACAGAAGUCUUGAUAGCAAGUUGGCCAAGAAAUGUCCAACCUGUAAUAAGGUGUAUGUGUCCAUGCCCGCCAUGGCCAUGCACCUGCUUACCCACGACCUAAAGCACAAGUGUGACAUCUGUGGCAAAGCGUUCAGCAGGCCUUGGCUCCUGCAGGGCCACAUGAGGUCCCACACGGGCGAGAAGCCCUUUGGAUGUGCACACUGCGGAAAAGCGUUCGCAGACCGCUCCAACCUCCGCGCGCACAUGCAGACUCAUUCAGCGUUCAAGCAUUUCAAAUGCAAACGAUGCAACAAGACUUUCGCCCUGAAGUCAUACCUGAACAAGCACUACGAGUCGGCCUGCUUUAAGGGCGCAUUCUCACCACUGAGCUCACUUGAAGCAUGACCUCCCAAGAGCUGACAUUAGACUUUUGUCCCACAAUGACUUUGGGGGCUUCUCCCUAAUCAUCCUGCCCAUCAACAACAAAGGAACACAGUAAUAGCACAAUUUUCUCUAUUUUCCGCAAAUUGAAUCUUGGAAUAAAAUUCGCAUGCACUUAAAGACAUGAACGCCGCUGACGUCUUCAUAAACUCCUUGCGCUUGAAUCACAAUUUCAACCCAUCAAACCCCAAUGAGGAUUUUUAGUGAUUUCUCAAUCGUCUCUGUAACAUUUUUUUUCAUUAUUGGAUAGUAUGUAGCCUACUUCUUCAAGUGACCAUGUAUUCGCCAUUGAGGUAACUGUAUUUAUUUAUUUAUUUAUUUAUUUAUUUAUUUAUUUAUUUUUAAUAUUUAUUUAUGCCGACCUACACUCAUUUGUUCUUGGUAGCCCUUUUUUGCACUUUAGUUUGUGUCCUUGCCAACAUUAAUAACAUGCCAAAGCAUUUAAUCCUUGAGAAAAAUAUUUUCUUAAUGAGUCUCUUUUUGGUUUUGAAAAAAUUGCAUGCAAAAAAAUAAUGAAUUCUAUGCCAAUACCUUGAAGCUUAUGAUUUUGCCAAAAUUUAGAUAGUAUCAGUGGGCAAUAUUUCUUGGGUAUGGAGAGGGUAUAUAAAGCAAUAAUCCUUAAUGCAUGGUAUUUUGAAAGUAAUAAAGUAUUACCUAUAGCAGUUUUCUAAAUCAGGUAUGUUUGAAUCAAAUAGCCUACUCAUAAUAAUCAUACAAAAAAGACAUCAGGGAAAAUGCCAACGUAGUGUUAGAGUCUCAAACAGAAAUGAACUGAUCUUCCUUUGCUAUCCUGUUAUGCACUGCCUGCCUCUUAUUUAAAACGUAGUUGUAGGACGUAGGCUUGAAGUGCUGAGAUUCAGCUCCUGGCUAUUCAGAAUUCUUUCCCAAAUCUGCAGAACGUCUACCGAGGCCAAGCGUUUGCUAGCCGGGUAGCCAGGGUAGGCUACUCUCUGCCAUGUCACAGCACAGUGUUAAAACCCUCAAUGCACAAGUUAGGCUACUUGUUUUAGCCCAGCGGACGUUCGACAGAUUUGCCUUUCAAGCACUUCCUUUUAGAGUCUUUAACUUUGAAAAGUAGCACAAUACCUAUAGAUUCAGGUAGAGAUUACGUGUAUUAGCUUGACCUCUGUUUUUGUAACUCAGCUGAAGCAUACCCUCAUUAAAUUGCAAGAGGCCGUUGUAAAUAACUUAUUUGGAACCUUUUUACAGCUGUUACCGAACAAACGACCUUAUUUCGCUAUAUUUCUGAAUAAAAUGUUGAAUGAAAAUGAACAUUUGAGGCAGUAUUCGAAUGAUGUAAGCACACAACAUCAGGCAUUUUGUCGCACUUCAUAAUAAAGACUAAGUAAACAAAA